AUGGCUGAACCUCACAAAAUCUUUUACAAGGGCUCGGAAUACGACUUUGUCAUCUUCACCGAAAACCCAGAAUUAAUCAAGAAGUACAGAAGUGGAGACACUACAAUUCCAUUGUCAGACUUUAUUUCUGUUUUCAAGGUUUUUGUCAAUAGACAGGGAGGGGUCGAUGGUGUUUUGGACGAAGCAUCUAAAGCUGAAUUGGAGACAGAAUUCGGCAAAUCAGCAAACGUUGAUGACGUUAUCAAAUUGAUCCUAGAGAAGGGCGAUGAUAAGAAAAGCGCAGGUAGCUUUCGGGAGAACUUCGUUGCCUAA